AUUCACUCAACUCCUACUCACAUAAAUCUCACACACAACCACAAUCAACUACCGCAUUCACUCACACUCAUUUAGCUAUCAAUCUACCACACUCGCACAGACGUCUAUCUAUCUAUCUACCACACUCAUAUCUCUUAUGUCAUUCAGUCAGUCAUUUAAAUCAUUCACUCACCAAUGUUUACUCAUAAUCUCUCUCUCCCGCCAUUUGAUGCUCAACAUUUCCCUUUUAUCAAUUCUCCCACGAAGCACCGCCUUUACCACAGCAUUUUAAAGAUCGAUAGACAAACAAAAAAAAACAACAAACUUCCAGAUUUCUUAUUAUAUUAACAAUGGAAUUGUUUUAAAGUUCAUUUUGAACUUUAAACUGGCCAAUUAACCCUGAUGAAUGGUAUUAGUUCAACUCUAGUUACCCAGUUGCCUCCAAUCCCCGCAGUUGGCGUGAAUCCCAAGUUAACACCAAAUCCAAUUGGUCUAAGUACGGGCUUGAACAGUGAACAGGCUAGCUACCCAGUUUUGCAUUUCCAGUCCCCAUUAAAAACAUCCCCACCGGAAGGAGGAGGAGAGCGAGAUGGAAGAACGAGCGAACCAGUUUGUGAGAAACAGCAGAUUGAAGUGCCAGCUUUGAUGCCAAUGGACCAGUCCACUCGUAGAAGGAUCCGUCAUGUGCCGAAACAUGAGCCGUUGAGCGAGAGUACCGCUACCACUACAACAUCUACCACCACCACCACCAGUGCUACUAUUGCUACAACUACUACUGCUACUGCUAUUGUUAAUAGUACGUCAGAUGACAAGAUGAAGGUUCCUGUUAAAGAUCCUACUUCUAAAGUGGAAACGACCUCGAAGGAGAACCAGAGUGUUCCGAAAAAGACUGAUCCGUUGUUGGAAAAGCAUGAGAAGCCAGCCAAGUGGCUUGUUGGCGACCUCAUUUGGUCAAAAGUAUCUGGUCAUCCUUGGUGGCCCUGCCUUAUUGCUUGUGAUCCUCUUGAAGGGAUCUAUACCAAACUGUGUGUAAAAGGCAAAGGAUGUGUGCGGAAUUACCAUGUGCAGUAUUUUUAUGAUGAACCAGAGCGGGCAUGGGUGAGUGAGAAUGCAACACUUGGAUUUGAAGGGAAAGACAAAUUCUUCAAAUAUGUAGAAGAUAUGCUAGAAAGGGCACCUGCUAAACAGCGAUCCCAGAUUUCACAGAAAUAUGGAGUCAGCAAACACAAGCGCCCAGUUUGGGACCGUGCUGUUCGUUCAGCAGAAGUAGCACUGCCUUUAUCCCACUCUGAACGGAAACUCUGCUACAUAAACAACUUUGACAAACAUCCUGAGAAGAAGAAGCAAGAGUCUCCGGAAAAGUUGGCAGUUGAGGUUAGCAAACCAGAGAAAGCUGGUCCCAAAGCCAAGAAACAAAAGACUGAGAGUUCUAGUGGUGCUGGUGUUACUAGUGGAGGAGAUGGUGGUGGUAAAGUGAAAAUAGAGUCUUCUUCUGCCAGUAAAUUACCAUCUAUUGUCAAUGGAACUCUUGCUAAGAAACGCCACGCGUCACCUGGUAGCUUCGCCAACGACUCUGACAGCAUUGCGUCACCGCAGCGGAAAAGGCCAAAAGCGGCCAGCGGUGCUGAGUCAGGUGGUGGGGCUGCCGGUGGCAGUGGGUGUGUUACUACUCCGAAAUCAGGGAAAGAUGAUGGUUCUUUUGAUAUGUUCUGUCAGAAGCAUAGGGAGGGUGUUCUGUCUGAGCACUCGGACUUUGAUGAGCAAAUGGUAGUUGAAUAUCUCAGGCAACAAUGGAGUAUGAUGAGCCAGAAGCAGAGAGCUCGUUACAAGUCUAAGUUUGGUGGUGGUGGUGGAGGUGGAGGAGGAGGUGUCAUUACAAGCAGAGGUACAUCAUCAGAAGAACCGGAAGUGAAAUUAGAACCCAUCAAUGUAGAUAUAAUUAAUUUUAAAAGAGGGAGUGCCGUGAAGAAACCUACCUCUCACCCCAGCAGACCUGCACUGAAGAAAAGUGAAUCUGAUGAACAAACUCCAUCAAAAAAUGAGGUGAAACUAAAGCGUUCACCUCGCAUCAGUAAACCUUCAAUCAAAAAGCUGGAGGCUGAAGAGGACAACAAGCUCUUCACGGAAUACCAAAAGCAAAUGAUGUCUGGCAGUAUAAUGGAUAAUGACCAAACUCAAGACCAAAUUGCUCUCCAUAUAGGAGCCUCGACAGCUCAUUGUCCAUCGGCAGCUGUCGGAAGACGCAGCUGUACUGUCGCUAUAGACAACCGGACAAACAAUAUACUUAAUGUAACUCCACCAUCUUCAGCUAUAAAUUCCAAACCAAAUUCAACCAGAAAGAGGCGGAGUGUACAGAGCAAAGGCUUUGGCAGCAAGAUGUUUCAGGAUUCCAGUUCUUUAGCAGAACAUCAUCAGAUGAACAGCAGCAGCAACAGCAUUGAUGGUCACGGCAAGAGUGCAGAAUUCAGGCAUGCUUCUUCUCACCAGAGAGGCCAGCUAAUUCCAAAAGUGGAGCUGGACAGAGACGGUGUGAAAUUACUUGUAAAACAGGAGGAGAAUAAUGAGGAAGAGGGGCUUGAGGAGGAGGAGGAGGAAGAAGAAGAGGAUGAAGAGGAGGAGGAAGAAGAAGAAGAAGAGGAGGAAGAGGAGGAUGAUGAAUAUGAGUUGGAGAUCUUCAAACUGUCUUCCAGUUGGCCUGUGAAGAGAGAGAACGUGUGCCAAAUCUGCGAAAAACCUGGCGACCUUACUGACUGCGAAGGACCAUGUUUGGGUUCUUAUCACUUACACUGUCUUGAUAUGACCCAGCAACCAUCCAGUCCUUUCAAAUGUGUGCAGUGCACGACAAAUUCACACCGUUGUUUCUGUUGUAAACAGACAGGAGAUGUGAAGAAGUGUUCGGUGGUCCAAUGUGGCAGGUUUUAUCACGACGUAUGUGUGAGAAAGCAUCCUCUCACGCGGGCUGAAAGCAAAUCAUUCACCUGCCCCCUACACGUCUGUGUAACUUGUUCCGCCGACAGUAAUAGUUCUAAAAAUCCUAAAGCAUCUAAAGGUCGUUUGUGUCGAUGUUUACGCUGCCCAACUGCCUACCAUGUUGGAGAUUUCUGUAUUGGUGCUGGAAGUGUGACCUUGGCUGGCAACAAUAUUAUCUGUAGUAAUCAUUUUGUGCCACCAAAGAACAAAAAAACUCCAACACACUUCAACGUUAGCUGGUGUUUUAUCUGUAAUUUAGGAGGUACCCUACUAUGCUGCGAUAGCUGCCCAGCUGCAUUCCACCCUGAUUGCAUCAAUGUUAACUGUUCCGAAGAUACUUGGUACUGUCAGGAUUGUGCCCGUGGCAAAAAGCCUCUUUAUGGUGAUAUAGUUUGGGUCAAAGUUGGCAACUAUAGAUGGUGGCCAGGUGAAAUUUGUCAUCCGAAAAAUGUUCCAAUGAAUAUUCAACAGAAGCCGCAUCAGAUUGGAGAAUUUCCUGUGCGAUUUUUUGGUUCCCAUGAUUACUAUUGGACAAACCAAGCUAGAGUUUUUCUGUUUCAAGAAGGUGAUAAAGGCAGUAAAGAUUCUUCAGCAACGAAAGGUUUGGCGAAAAUAUUUCGGGCAGGAAUUGGUGAAGCUACGGAAGCAUUUAAAUUGUGGAAAGCAGCCAAAGAGAACCGGGAUCAAUUGGAAAAUGAAAAAAUUGGGAAGAAACCGGCACCGUUUAAAUUUGUUAAAACAAACCUUGCUGUCGGUAAUGUCCAAAUCCACAAAGCUGACCUGUCUGAGAUUCCACGGUGUGAAUGCAGACCAGACAUGGACAAUCCAUGUGGUUCGGACACGGAGUGCCUCAACCGGAUGUUGAUGUAUGAAUGUCAUCCUCAGGUGUGCCCGGCAGGAGAACGCUGCCAAAACCAACGUUUCACCAAACGCCUCUAUCCCGAUUCAGUGCCAGCAAAGACCUCGACACGCGGAUGGGGCUUAAAAACAAAUGUAGAUAUUAAAAAGGGUCAGUUUGUCAAUGAAUAUGUUGGAGACCUAAUUGAUGAAGAAGAAUGCAAAAAGAGAAUAUGGAAAGCACAUGAAGAUAAUAUUUCUAACUUUUACAUGUUAACACUUGACAAAAAUAGAAUAAUUGAUGCUGGACCAAAAGGAAACUUAUCUCGUUUUAUGAAUCAUAGCUGUCAACCAAAUUGUGAAACCCAGAAGUGGAUGGUUAAUGGUGAUGUCAGAGUUGGUUUGUUUUCCCUACAUGAUAUCCCAGCUAAUUCAGAGCUGACAUUUAAUUACAACUUGGAUUGUCUCGGUAAUGAGAAGAAGAUCUGUGCCUGUGGUGCCCCAAAUUGCAGUGGCUUUCUGGGUGUCCGUCCUAAGUCAGUCAUAAAUCAAGCCGAUAAAAAGGCAAAAGAUUUGAAGAAGAAAAAGAAGCGUAAAAAAGGCCGGCCUGACUUGAAGAAACAUGAAGACGAGUGCUUCCGAUGUGGAGAGGGUGGUGAACUAGUCAUGUGUGACAAAUCACAGUGCCCUAAAGUCUACCAUCUGCAGUGCUUGAGCUUGACUAAGCCACCCCAUGGUCGUUGGACAUGUCCAUGGCACCACUGUGAUGUCUGUGGAAAGCAGUCUACGAAACUGUGUUCCGACUGCCCCAAUUCCUUCUGCACUGCACAUGCUGAAAACAACAUCCACACGGUGGAGGGGCGAGAUGUUUGCUAUGAUCAUGAAGAAGUCAUGUUAGAACAGUCAUCCAAGUUUAAAAACGGCUUGAAACAGCCUGCCAAGAACAAGGUGCUGUCCAACGGAAUCGGCCCGUUGUCAGAGAAGAGGGAAAUAGCUAGUGUUGACGGAACAUGUAAUGAUACAAUGAAGAGUACAAAGUCAACUGGUGCUCUUGGCGCCAAACUCGAGAUACACUUGAAUGAAAACACCAAACUAAAUAAAGCUGCAGUGACAGCGAAUGGCGAGAGAAGUGUCAAGGCUUGUGGUAAGCGAAGUCGGCGGGGUCGUGAUGAUAAGGGGGUGAAAGGUGUCGCUGUUGAGGGCUCCAAAAACUUUUCUUCUUCUUCUUCCGGGGUUGGUCAGGUUGAUGGUAAAAAGACAGAGAACAACUCUCUGGCCAUUCCACCUAUGUUUGAUGAUAGUGAUGAUGAAUUUCCUGGCCUAGUGAUAGAUUUACCCCCCCUGUAGUCCCACCCCUAUUCUGGGGAUGCAUUUUUCUCUCUCUCUCCACUCUCCUUGAUUCCUAUUUCUUAUUCUUUUAUAUAUAUAUAUAUAUAUAUAUAUAUAAGAAUAAAUAAAAAAAAAAAUACCACCACCACCACCACCACCAUCUACAACAAACAUUCAAUAAUUAAAUAUUGAGUUUAAAAAAAAGUGUGUGGUGUUUAUGUGGAUAGGAGAUCUUUGCUGCUCCCCACCCUUUCUUUCUCUGUCUCUAUAUAUAUAUCUCCUACCCCCCAAUUCAUUCUGUCUCUUUCUCCAUCCCUUUAGAUUUUGUCAGGUUUUUGUAAAGAAUCUCACCAGAGAAAAAGGAAAGAAAGCAAAAUGACUUAUUUUUUAUUACUAUUAUUAUUAUUAUUAUCAUCAUCAUCAUCGUCAUUAUUAUUAAUUAUUAUUAUUAUUAUUAUUAUUAUUAUUGUAUGUAAAAUAAAAUUUUAAUACUUUUUUUUUUCCUUCCCCCCCAGAGAAAUUUUAAAUAGAAACUAUUUUAUGUUCUCCCUUUCUUCCCCCCAAUCCCAUUUCCCAUCACUCCACAGCCAUUACUUUUUUUUUUUCUUCCCCCAUCAUACUUUCAGAACAGAUCAGCUUCAGAAAUAUGUUUUUUUUUUUUUGGUUUUUUUUUUUCUUUCUAAAAAUUCAUCCCUUUUUUUUUUUUUUUUUUUUAACCUGUUGUAAACAGUGGCUGAAAUUUUAAGAAAAGUAAAACAUACCUCACCAACAAUCA